AUGGAGGAUGGCAAAUGUGCCUUUCCAUUCAACUAUAAAAAACAAACAUUCUAUAGUUGCAUCCGGGUUUCAGCAAAACACAACUGGUGCUCAUUAAAUAAGACUUACCAAGGAUAUUGGAAGUAUUGUGGUAAGGAGGAUACUGCAGACUGUGUGUUUCCCUUCUGGUAUAAACGACUGAUCUACUGGGAGUGUACAAACGAUGGACAUUUAUUUGGGAAAAAAUGGUGUUCGUUAACUCACAAUUAUAACAAGGAUCAUCACUGGAGAUAUUGUGAUUGA